GAUCAAUUGUUCUCGACGCUAAUUCCACAGGCGGCUCGCGUUGUCUGUUUCGUCGCUUUCUUCUCGGUGUUUUACGUAACUUACUUGGAUUUAUUCGACUUGUAUGUUGAUCGUUCUUUAAGCAAAGUGUAAUUAGCCUAAUUUGUAAUAUACAGACAUGGCAACGUUAAGUUUGAAGCCGACCCAACGGUUUGCACCAUCGGAUUGGUUUUCUUCAAAUGAAUUGAUUUCAACGAACGCUGAACGUCAAAGAGUCAGCUCGCAUCAGAUUCGCCAGGAAAGCAGAGCUUUAGCAAAUGUUACUGCAAAUCAAACCAAGUGGGAUCAACAUGAUAACAAUACAAGAUUAGAUAACAGGAUUGAUGACAUAACAAAAUGGAGGGAAACACUUGAAAGAUGUUUAGCGGAAACGGAUGAUGAAAUCAGGGCUUUAAAUCAGUCCAAGUUAACAACGGAGCAAGCUUUAGAAGCAAAGGCACUGCCACUAGAUGUUGCCAUUGAGUGCUUGACCUUGCGUGAAGGUCGCCAGUCCAUUGAUAUGGUUCGUGACAAUGUGGAAGCCGAGUUACAUAAGGAAGUGGAAGUAAUUGAAGGGAUCAAAGGUCAACUUCAGAAAAGAAUUGCAGAAUCCUUUGAACAACUUUGUCUUUUGCAAGAAGCAAGACAACAAUUGCAAAGUGAUUUGAAAGACAAGACAGAGGCACAGAGUAUUGAUCGAACAUGUUACGCUGUCAACAAUGAAUCCGCAGGGAUUUCAUACAAACCGAACCCAACAAGAGUACCAAAGGAGAGUACUACACCCGAGGCUUGGCAUCAAUUCUCGCAAUACAACAAAGACCGUGCUGAAGCAGAAAUGAGGGCAAGUGUCACUUUACGAGAAGCGACUGCUGCUACUUUGGCACAAACUCGAAAUGAGUUGGAAGCGCAGAGAAAUGCAACUGAAUUUGCCUACCGUAAGCGUAUUCAUGAAACUGAGAGAGCAGAGGGAGAAUUGGAAUGGCAGAGAAAGAACACGAAAGAAGAGAUUGAAGAAGUGGAAGCUGAUAUUCGUAACCUUGAGGAAGCAAUUCGUGCCAAAGCAGCUCCAUUGAAAGUUGCUCAUACAAGACUGGAAACAAGAACUUACAGACCUAACGUGGAACUUUGCAGAGAUAAGCCUCAAUAUGGAUUGGUUGAAGAAGUCAGACAGAUUGAAGGAAGUAUUUCUCAAUUGAAAGAAAAACUAGCUCAAGCACACCACGCGAGAGACGCUUUAUACAAGCAUCUAUAUCGCAUCGAAGAGGACCUUGCUUGCAAACGCAAUUCAUUGGAUUUGGAUAGAAGAUGCGUGGACGUUCGUCGCAAACUCAUUGUACCAGCUGAAACCUUUGUGGCAGAACGUCCAUCAGAUGACUUCUCCCGUACCCAGCAACGUCGAUCCACACCUGUGUCUCCUAUCAAAACCAGUCAGCUUGAUUUAGAGUGAUUUGACUCUUUUGCUUCUCGUUUUAUUGAUACUUUAAAAUGAAAUGUCUAUUCUUUAUUUUAUUUUUUGAAGCCAUUCGCACUUUUGUGGACUAGAUUAAGUUUUGUUAGCCCGUCAAUAAAUUUUAGUUUGCGUUUCACUAAUUCACUGUUUUUGAAGUGCAUCAUCACUUACUCGCCACCGAGAAAUCUUUAUUCGAUUUGUCACUUUAAUUGACUUUAUAAACCUGCCUGCAUUACAAAACUGCUUUUGUCAUUUUGCAACUCCGAAAUUAUCAUUUAUCAUGCUUGAGUAACUUAGCAAAACGCCUUUUCAAUAAUUGGCCGGCAAAAAUAAUAAAAUGCAUUUUCAAUUAUUGACCGAUCACAUCAUAGUGAUAUAGUUUUGUUACUUUUCCACAAUGUUGUUAAAUGCUGUUGUGGUCGAUAAUUUUCACACUGUCAUGUAAUAAAUGUAAUGCAUGCGUUGUAAAAUA